AUGAAGGCUACAGUUCUCGGUGCUGCUGGCGGAAUCGGCCAAAGCCUUUCUCUUUUACUCAAAAUCAAUUGCCAUUUGAUUAGUGAACUUUCCCUUUAUGAUGUCGUCAAUUCUCAUGGGGUUGGGGCCGAUUUGUCCCAUAUUUCCACAAACACCCUGAUCUCCUCUUACUUACCGGAAAACGACGGUUUGCAAAAGGCUCUUUGCGGCGCAGAUUUUGUGAUUAUUCCUGCUGGUAUUCCAAGGAAACCAGGAAUGACUAGAGAUGACUUAUUUUCUUUCAAUGCCAAAAUCAUUGCUCUGUUAGCCGAAGGGGUUGCAAGAUAUUGUCCUGGCGCCUUUGUACUAGUCAUCUCCAAUCCAGUGAACUCAACUGUGCCGGUAUUUGCGGAAACUCUUAAAAAGUUCGGGGUCUUUAAUGCUAGAAAACUAUUUGGAGUCACUACUCUUGAUAUCGUUAGAGCCAAAACCUUCAUUGCUGAUCUUACAAACAAAAAACCUCAAAGUUUUAGAGUGCCAGUUAUUGGCGGUCAUUCUGGUGCCACUAUUGUCCCGUUAUUCUCAGUUGGUGCUCCAGAAGCUUACUCAAGCUUGAGCUAUGAGACCAAAUCUGCUUUAAUACAUAGGGUUCAAUAUGGUGGUGAUGAAGUUGUUGAAGCCAAAGAUGGAAAAGGAUCAGCCACUCUAUCGAUGGCUUAUGCUGCGUAUGCGUUGGUUAACCAGAUUCUAACCGCCGUAACUAGUGGUUUGGAUAACGAAGUUGUGUCCUACAUUUAUUUAGAUGACAGCAUCAAAGGCGCUAGCGAAUUAAAAUCAAAGAUCAAUGGACUAGAUUAUUUUGCUAUUCCAGUGAAAUUGGGUAAAGAGGGAAUUGAAAUCAUUGAUUCCCAAAUUUUGGAUAGAAUUGAUCAGGCUGAAGGAGACAUGUUGGAAGAAGCUAUAGAAAAAUUACAGGGCGAUAUCUCUAAAGGUGUUAGUUUCAUUAGAGGCCAGUAA